CUGCAUGUGAAAGUCAAGCGCACAGGCCAUGCGCGAUGAUCAACAUUAUCGUUUCCCAAGUGUCCCUUUCUGUCGCUCGCGAGGACCUGCAUCAAAGUAUCAGCGACACGUUCCAAUUCGAUUCAGGUCGAUCAAAAGAAGAACCAAGUGGUGAAAGCCGAAGACGAUGCUGUUGCUGUACAUCAUCCUCGCAAUAUGCGCCAUCGCGCGCACUCAGCAAUUCCCCAACACUAGGUUUCCUCUCCCUUAUCCUGCGCUCAGUCCAAGUUGCCGUGCAGCUUUGGACACAACUGUCGAGUGUGACGUGGCGCUCGAUGACAUGUUCACCAACAACGCAGCCACUUAUCACGAAGAUCUGCCACUCAUAUGCAGCGACAUCUGCCUCGCGUCGCUUCGAUCCGUCAAGCAGGCAAUUCAGGCCGGCUGCAAUUCGACUUCAGACGUGAUCGAGGAUGGCGGAGUCCUUUGGCCUGCUACCCGGUUUGUGGAUGAGUACAUCUUCACGCACGAGAAAUUCUGCUUGAAAGACCCAGAGUCCGACCGGUUCUGCGCCAUUGUGGAAGCGGAGUGGAGAGACAAAGACCUCUGGACGACGGAGGAACAGUGCCACAACUGUACUCUGGCCGCCAUGGAAAUUGACUUGAAAGCGCCAUUCCACUACUACGACGAAGAGGACGCGACCAGUUACGAACAGCGGAAAGCGGCUUGCAGCAUUACUCAACCGCCGAUUUUGCCUCCGCCGCCAUACAGAAUGGGUCAAAUAGCGUUCGUGGAUCAUUCGAAGCCCAUCGUUCAGAGCAAAGAGUGCGACGCCGCCUACACCGUACUCCCGGGAGAAACUUGCAACUCGAUUGCGCUGGGAACCAACACAUCUACACUGGCACUGAUUCGGCUGAAUGGUCUCGAUGCAUUUUGCUCAAGCUUGAUGCCUGACAUGAAGCUCUGUAUUCCAGGGCAGUGCAAGACGCACGUGAUCCUACGAAAUGACACAUGCGCGACCAUUGCGAAGUCCCGAGCUGAUGAAGGAGUGAAGCUCAGCUACACCGAGCUUCGUCUCUGGAAUCCUAAUAUCAACUUUCCCUGCUCGAAUUUGCGGCCGGAAGAAGUCAUUUGCGUCUCGCCGCCGGAGGAGUCAUCUACCGCCAAUGCGGCUCACACAAAGUUGCUGGACCCGUUGAGAAAGGCUUCCAAGGUCGUCGACGGCGUCGAAUGUCAGCUCAGUAUCAAGUCGGAUAUCAGGCUGUCGUGCUUUUGGGUGGCCGAGCAAUCGAAGAUGACUGUUGAUGAUCUCAUGAAGCUCAAUCCUGGUAUCGACAAAUCGGUAUGCACAUCAGGAAUAGAGGCCGAUAGGACCAUCUGCGUAGCCGGCAAGGUUCAUCAAGCCGAGCCAAUGGCCGAACUCAAGUUCAAAAGCAGUGGUUCUGACGAUCAAGCUGGCAAAGUGCAUCAGGCUGUAUCGACAGGCGCCCCAAUGCCUGAGAUCAAAUUCCUCAGCGAAGAGGAGUGGCCACAAUGGUUCCGUGACUGGGAUCCAGAAAAGGACCCGCUGCCGCUCGUGAAGCACAACGGCGGAGAAGGAUCAUAG